AUGUGGAGGGUAGCUUCAGUGGUCGCUUGCUUCGCCGUUCUGGCCUACUUCCUGCAGCCGAGUGAUAGGAGACGCAAAGACGCUCCAGAUGUCACUCCCACGGAGAGCGGCGAGGCCAACAGCUCCAAGAGUAAGAGUGGCAAGGGGCAGAAAACCAAAGGCCCUCCAUAUCCGCGGCUCCCGGCAGAAGAUCGGAACGCCAGUGCCGUCCCCGUUUGGACGGUCCACCGGUUGGCGGAACACAGCGGCAGCGAUCGGACCAGGCCCUUGCUGCUGGCCAUCCUAGGAGAGGUCUACGACGUGGGCCCAGGGGAGAGGCACUACGGCCCCGAUGCAGGCUACAGUGGUAUGGCCGGAAAGGAUGCCAGCCGUUCCUUUACCACGGGUGACUUCAAAAAGGAUGCGGUGCCAGGUCUCCGGGAUUUGCCACCUGAACAGCUUGCAGACGUGAUCAGCUGUGGGCUGAGGCUGGCGCUUCUUUUACCGGAACCACAGCGAUUAUCGCUUUGUAGGCCUUUGCUCCUUUCUGUUCUCACCUGGGAGAUGGCAUUGGAGCACAGAAAAGGAACUGGUGCACCCAAUCUGGAACCCGUGCUGGCAUCCGGGCUGUUGGUGCUGUGCUUUUCGUCGCUGGUGCAGGUUGAUCAUUUUCAUGCCUUGCAUGAGGAGACCUUUUCACGCCUGGCGCUGCUUUAG